AUGGCCGGUAAAAGGAUUAAAAGAAGUGAUUCUGAGGAACGUUUAACUCUUGAGGCUAGAAAGAAGAGAAAGACUGAGCAGCAACGAUCCAGACGUGCAAAUCAGCGUACAAUUAACGAACCAGGACCAUCAAACCAAAGUCAUGAGCAAAAUAUCGCAGAAAACGAAAAGUCUAAGCAAGAAAAAGAACGAAAAGCGCGCGCUAGACAAAAUGAAACGGAUGAGCAACGCAGUGAAAGAUUGAAAAAAGAUAGGGAAAGAAAGGCAAGAAAGAGAGCUUUGGAAAGUGUAGCGCAAGUAGAAGAACGUCGAGAACAAGACCGUGUCGCGCAUGCUGAAAAAAGGGAAAACGAAUCAGUUGAGGAGUAUGAAAUCAGAUUAGAAAAUGACCGUAUUCGACACGAGGAGGCAAUUACUGCGGAAACUCCUGAGAGUAAUCGUAAUCGGUUGUUGAAUAAUGCAGCAUCGCGCCGUAGAGCAACUGACAACCUCACCGAGGUAGAGAAACUAGCACGGAUGACAAUUCGAAAUAAAAAAAUGCGCGAAAAUCGUGGUUUAGAGAGUUCAGAACAACGACAAGCUCGCCUUAAUGCCGCUCAAGCUCGCCAGGUUGAAAGAAAUCUGA